AUGUUAACACAAAAUUUACUCAAUUUUUUCGGACUAAUCAUUUAUAAUGCAUUCAAAUCAUCAAAAGCUACAAUAAAAUCCAAGCGACGGCCACAGGAUCUGCCAUUUAUAUGCAUACGUGUUGUCACGUGUGGCGACUAUCCCGAACUGGUCCGCAGUAAUGUCGACCGAAAUUUGAAGACAUGUUUGACGGCAGGUCUGAGCAAUUUUAUCAUCGAAGUAGUAACCCAUAGAUAUAUAGAUUUUGGUAAAAGUAAUACAAGAUUACGCCAAUUGGUUAUACCAGACAAUUAUCAGACCAAAAGCGGUGUUUUAUUUAAGGGUAGAUCACUUCAAUACUGUUUGGAAAACGGUAUCAACAAAUUGGAUGCUCAAGACUGGAUCAUACACUUGGAUGAGGAAACUGUAAUGACUAAGGAGUCAGUAUACGGUAUUUGUAAUUUUAUAGUCGACGGUAGACAUCAAUUUGGCCAGGGAACCAUUACAUAUGUCAACAACAGUAUAGUCAAUUGGUGGACAACUUUGGCCGAUUGUGGUCGUGUGGCAUACGAUAUGGGAUUGCGUCGAUCGCUGAUGAAAACGUUUCACAUACCUUUGUACGGCUGGAACGGAUCCUAUAUGGUGGUCAAGUUUGGUGCCGAACAAGUGGUCACAUUUGAUCACGGAGUGGACAGUUCGGUCAGCGAGGACUCGAGUUUUGCAUUGCAUGCCUACGCCAUGGGCUAUACAUUCGACUCGAUUGACGGCGAUAUGUAUGAACAGUCGCCGUUCACUGUAUGGGAUCAACUGAGACAACGUCGCCGUUGGAUUCAGGGAACACUGUUGACGGCUCGGAUGACUACUAUUCCCCUGAAAUAUAGACUGGCUAUGAUUAUGCAAUCUAUUUUGCAUUUUAUGAUGCCGAUUCGGUGA